UCCUCCUCCUCUCCAACCACCAUAACCUCCCGCUCCGGCAACCCGACCUGUCAGCUCCGUCCUCCGGCACGGCAUCACCGCAGCACCACCGCUGUCACACCGACCGGAACUCAACACGUUUCCGGUUCUCAGUCCGGGUCUAUUUCAGAGGACGGACCAGGCGAGAGGCUCCUCCUCCCCCUCCUCAGAGAACCGGGGCCGUCUGGAGCGCGGAGCCCGGACUGUCAUGAGCCGUGCGGCGCGGAGAUGGCGUCCUUCCCCGGUUUGUGUAAGUCGGUCGUCGUUGGGCCAGCGGAGGAGGACGGAGACACGGACGGUUCCCUGCAACACAUGCUGAAGGCUAUCGCCGACGAGAGGAACCGACUCAACAUCCGCCAGGAGAUCAGCGGGCUGGGCUGUUUCAAAGACGACCGCAUCGUCUUCUGGACCUGGAUGUUUUCCACGUACUUCAUGGAGAAGUGGACGCCGCGUCAGGACGACAUGUUGUUCUACGUCCGCAGGAAGUUGUCCUACGUUAGCACGGACAACUCGGACAGCAAGAAGGUAGAGGUGGAGGUCUACAGGCGCGACUCGAAGAAGCUGCCCGGCCUCGGCGACCCCGACAUCGACUGGGAGGAGAGCGUCUACCUGAACCUCAUCCUGCAGAAGCUGGACUACGUAGUGACGUGCGCCGUCUGCACGCGCUCCGACGCCGGAGACAUCCACGUCCACAAGAAGAAGUGUCAGGAAGUCUUUGCGUCUCCCAGUAAACACGCUAUGGACAGUAAAGGGGAGGAGUCAAAGAUGAGCUACCCCAACAUUUUCUUCAUGAUCGAUAACUUCGAGGAGGUGUUCAGCGACAUGACGGUCGGCGAGGGCGAGAUGGUCUGCGUGGAACUCGUGGCGAGCGACAAGAGCAACACCUUCCAGGGCGUCAUCUUCCAGGGCUCGAUCCGCUACGAGGCACUGAAGAAGGUCUACGACAACCGGGUUAGCGUCGCGGCUAAAAUGGCGCAGCGGAUGUCGUUCGGCUUCUACAAGUACAACAACAUGGAGUUUGUGAGGAUGAAGGGGCCGCAGGGCAAAGGUCACGCCGAGAUGGCCGUCAGCAGGGUCCCCACCGGGGACACCUCCCCCUGUGGCACCGAGGAGGACCAGGUGUCCCCCAUGCACGAGAGGGUGACGUCCUUCAGCACUCCGCCCACCCCGGAGAGGAACCGCCCCUCCUUCUUCUCGCCAUCCCUGCGACGUAAAGUUCCGCGAAACAGAAUUGCUGAGAUGAAGAAAUCGCACUCAGCCAACGACAGCGAGGAGUUUUUCAGGGAGGAGGAAGACGAAGAUCUUCAUGCGGCCAGUAACCUUCGCUCGCGCUCUCUGUCGGGCACCGGCCGCUCGCUCGUCGGCUCGUGGCUCAAACUGAACCGAGCUGAGGAUUACUUCCUGCUUUACUCGCACCUGACCUACGUCACGCUGCCGCUGCACCGCAUAACCACAGACAUCCUGGAGGUGAGGCAGAAGCCCAUCCUGAUGACAUAGCAGGGUUUUGGCUCCGCCCCCUCCUUGGUCCUCAGAACAUCUCUACCAAGUGCCUCUUGCAUCAGGCCACUGAGACACAGCAGCGCCCCCCCGGUGUCAAGACUGAGACUACAACCAAACACCUGCUACAACCGGAGGGACAACAAACAAAC